CCUCCAGCACGAGGGGAAAGACAGGCGGCGCCCUCCGGCCAACGUUUCGGUUCUGGAAGCCUGAGGCAGCCAGGAGGGGCCCGUCCGGCAUUCCUCGGCUCCUUUCCAUCCCGCCGCCCUCCGCCCCCCUUCUCUGCUCCGGGAAGAAGCCUGGCUGGAAGAGAAGGGUGCAGGAGAAGAAGAGGGAGGUGAGGCGCCCUUGGCGGCACGGCCGGCGCCCCCCUUUCUGGCUGCCCCUUCCCCCCCUCUCUCCGCGGGAGUAAAUGGCGCCGCCCGUGCCCCUUGCGUGCUGAGGGUUGGGGGACGCGUGUUGCUGUUUACCGAAACCGGGGACGGGUGGGGCGUGGUGGGCAUCGCCGCCGCCGCCGCCGCCGCCGCCGCUGCUGGUGGGGAAUCUUCCCGAACCCACCUUCCCACGGACUGCAGUGUCCCCAUUCGCCGCCGCCUUUCUGGGUCGCAAAUUACGGGGAUCGCUUGAGAGCUCUUAUUCAGUUCAAGCUGGAGAUGACUGAAAUCAGUUCACAACUGAACAUCAAGGAAAAGAUCAAUGCAGUCAGAUCAAUUGUUCCCAACAGAAGCAACAAUGAAAUAGUGCUGGUGCUCCAACAGUUUGAUAACAAUGUAGACAAGGCUGUGCAAGCUUUUAUGGAUGGGAGUGCACUUCAAGUUCUAAAAGAAUGGAAUAUGACAGGGAAAAAGAAAAAUAGCAAAAGGAAAAGAAGUAAAUCUAAACAACAACAUUAUAUCAGAGAAAUGAAGGAUAAAGAGGAUGGAUCAGAAAAGGUUACUCUGGAAUCCCAAGAGUUCUGUGGUUGCCAUCUGAAGGAUUGUGAUAAGGACGUUUUUUCCAGCGUACUAUCUGGGGGAAAAUCAGAAGUAAUUCCUCAAGAAGAAGAGAACUUGGAAUGCAAGGAUGUGGCAGAGACAAAAAGAGAUGUAUCAGACAAUAAAGCAGAACAGAAAAAAGGACCCAUGGGUGCAGAACGAAAAUAUGUAAAUAGCAUGGAGCUGCCUGAUGUUUUUCAGUCCUCCUCACAAUCCCAGUUUACCGUUAGUAAAUCGAAGUCCAAAACACCCACUGCCAAGUCAGCUCUUCAUGUAUCCCACCUUGAGAUAAAACCAGAGGAGUCAAUCAAGAGAAGAGGUCCCAAUAUUGAAAAAUCCAUUAAAGAUCUUCAGCGUUGCACUGCUUCACUGACUAGAUACCGCAUGAUGAUUAAAGAGGAGGUAGAUAAUUCCGUGAAAAAAAUCAAAGCUGCAUUUGCUGAAUUGCAAAGCUGCAUAAUAGACAAAGAAGUGGCUUUAAUGGCAGAGAUUGACAAAGUUAAAGAAGAAGCCAUGGAAAUCCUAACUGCUCGUCAGAAGAAAGCGGAAGAAUUGAAGAGGCUAACAGAUUUGGCCAGUCAGAUGGCGGAGACGCAACUGGCAGAACUGCGGGCUGAAAUUAAGCAUUUUGUAAGUGAACGUAAAUAUGACGAAGAACUGGGUCGAUCUGCCCGCUUUUCCUGUGAUAUCGAACAUCUGAAGAGUCAGAUUUUACAGUGUGGAGAAAUUUCGCAUCCAAAGAACAAUUAUUCCUCAAGAACACCAUCCAGCACGCUGCUUCAGUCAGCCCGCUUGCACGUGGCAACUAAUGUUCAAAACACACCCGGCCGGAAAUCUUCUAGUCGGGCUCAUGCCAAGACUCCUGAUGACAAAGGAGCAACUGCUAAAGCUUCAAGCCAGGUUGCCUCCAGCACCACAGAAUCUUCUCCUCAGAUACCUUCAACAAAUAAACAGAAUGGGCCUUCCAGCCAGAGACGAAGAUUUCACACGCAGUAUCACAGCUUUCGAAUCAACGGACCUCUUAAAUCACCAAGUGCCAGCGUGGAAUCAGACCAGAACGCCUCCAAGGGAAGCUCCCGGAAUGAGUACAGAAGACAACACCAUAACAGCUUCCGGCCAAAACACAAAGGCCCAAUUAAAACCCAAGAGCAGUCCGCCCCUGCUAAAAGCAUGGAAAACUUCACACACUCAGAAAAGACACGGCGAAAGCAUCUUGCGCCAGGCCCCACAGAGCCCAGACCUUUAUGCAGCAAUAUGACAAGAGUUUCUCAAUAUAAUUUAUGCCCCCCAAGGAUAGAGACUUCGGCGGACGCUCCUGUCCUCUCGGUCCCAGCUGUGACUUUGGUGGCAUGAGGAGUGGGAAAGAAGGAAGAGUCACCGUGAUGCAUUGCCCCCCCCCCAAUAUUUCUCACUUAAAGGUGCUUUCCCCUUCCCUCCCUCUCCCUAGCAAAAAUAGUUUGUGAAACUUUUUACAGUUGUGGUAAGUUACUGAAUGUCUUCUUAAUUGUAAUAACCUACCAUAUCUUGUUUCUUACUUUAAUAGCUUUGCACAAUAUACUCAAAUUUGUUUUUGUUUGUUCAUAACAGUGCAGCUUUUAGCUAGCCAGUACUUAGUAGAACAAUCAAAUGGUAUUAUCAAAUAAACUGCAGGACAAUGUCAAUAUAGAUUGUAAGUAUUUGUUAUUGUCCAGUUUGCUCUUGGUGAAACAACUUAUAUUACGGGCCUGGGAAGUCCUGACGUUCCUGUUGCUGCUCUGCAGUCUAGAUACUCUAUGGCUCCUAUAAAACUAGCCUUGGCCAUCUCUAGAUUAUACAGAUCCCCAAUUGUCUGUACAGACAGUUAGUUCUGCUUAACUUCAUAGUUUGAGUAAUCUUAAAAACCUUUGAGAUCAGGCAUAAAUGCUAGCCAACAAACUAUGCACCAGUAUUUUUCUGUGUUGUAGCAUUUGUAAGUUAUUGGGUAAUGUGCUUCUUUCAUCAAUUUGAACUUUCUUCAAGUAACAUUACCCAGUGUUCCAGCCUCUUGGAUGUUUUUCGUGACUUUUAAAUAAUUCCUUGCACACUAAAAAGUGAAGGCAGUUUAGUCUCAGAUUCAUGUUUGUUGUUGGUUUUUAUUUCCGCCAUAGACAUCCCUAAUUUUCCUGGAUAGAGAAAUCUCAUGAGGGAACCUGCCUUGUCUUAGAUUCAACCAGCAAUGCAGAAGGUGGAGGGGGGCUGUGGGUCCUCCCCCACCUUUUAGCCCUCCCCCUCCCCCAACUGUUCUUUCCUAUUUCACUUAAUGAGAAAGGCAGAAACGACACCACUGUGAAUUGCUGGGCUUAAGAAGGCUGACCUUUGCCAUGCCGGGCAUCCCCAUUAAAUGAUAAUUGAAUGGCUCUAAACUUAAACUGGCAGGUUCCUCUCCAAGAGAAGACUGAAGAUCAAAUUAGAGGCUAUGUUAAAUGCUUAUUUUUCUACUCUGGAAUAAACAUGCAGCCCUGAU